CGUUGGGGCGGUGGAGGCGCGUUCCAGUCGGAGAAUAGCAGAGAGCGCGCGGCAGCGACGUUGUCACUUGGAGGAUUGAUACACGGGGUCAACUUGCACACCGGCUCCAGGAUGCGUACUCUGAAAUCUCCGGUUCCCCAUGGCAGCCGGCCUCUCCCUAGCCCCGGCGGUGCCCCUUCCCGCGCCGGCGUCCACCUGCCUUUCCUCUUCCUAUUUCUCUGUCGCCGUGGUCUCCCUUUCUGAUGACGCGGGCUCCUCUUCCUGGCCGAUGCGGUUGCCAGUCUACGAGGUCGUGAGCAGGCCCUGGUCGCGAGGAGCGUCUCCCCCUGGAGAUGCCAGUGGUGGUGCCUUCCCCGUCGUCCCGGCAGGCGUCUGUGCCGGUGGAGGCACUAACGUCGUCUCACCUUCAUCGUGGUGGCCCAGCCCCAGCAGCGGCGGCUUACUUCGCGGGAGGUUCUCGGCGGAUCUUCUCUUGCAGCCUCAUGCCGACGGCGAUGAUCAUAGCAUGCUCGCACUCAAGGGCGACGCGGACAAGGCCCGACGGCCUGAGGCCAUUUCGCACACCAGCGUGCUGGUGGCCGUCGUGAGUUCGACGAGAAACAACGGGCACAAGCGCUGGUGUCGAACUUCCUCCCCUGCUGCGGCACUGGGGGAGACGAAGUCCUCCGUCCACCGCGACCAAAUCGGCGAGCAGAUGAGUUUUCUUUGGCCGUCACAUGGCCGGUACGUCCCGACCACAUUCGCCAUGUUUCCUCCUUACUGUGCAGUUCUCAAAGGAUUGGGUGAAAGGAUUCACAUAUGCAGCUGCUGUGUUUCUCUAAUUGUUCUACUGAAACCAUAUCACUGCAUAUUUUUUGCAGCUUCUGUUUUUCCCCAAAUUGAUGUGCUGUUGGAUUAUUUGCCCGACGGAAGGAAACAAAUUAGAUUUCCUUCUUGUGUGAUUGCUGCAGAAGCCAUCUCAUUAUCCAAUCUAGCCAUUAUUUUCUGGGAUGGAUGCAGGCAAUCAUUUUUUAGUUACUCAAGUAAUUCUUGUGUGACACAGUAAUUACUGGCAAGUGGAGGCAUAAUAUAUCACUACUGUUCCAUUCUAAUGCAAGCUGAGAUACACCACUUGUGCAUUAGUUUCUCAUGAUCCACCCAUUUCUGCCUCUUUCGCUUAGUGAUAAGAAUUUUAAACUAGAAACCAUGUACUUUCAUACCAGAACUGCAGCUUCAAAGUGUAUCACAUACUACUACCACAGCAUGUUUGCCAUACUUGCACGCAUUGCCUCUUAUCUAAGCUUAUGAAGCUUCCUUUUCUUUUUACGGCGAGUGGGUUAGUUGAUUCAAGUUAAUUUUUCCUGCUCUAAAAAGGCCUUGGUGACAUAUAAAAAAGCAUUCGCAUGCAGAUUAGUUGAUUCAUGUGAUUUCUCUAUGUAUGACUCCUACAUAUGUCCUGUUAUGUUCUUGAUUGACCUCACCAUAUUUUUUUCAUCCAUUGAUUAGAAGUUUAUCCUUCAUCAGCAAAUAUUUCUUUUUCAUUUGGGACUUACAGGUUCUCUUUUAUAACAGGUUAUGAACACCCCACCAUCCAUAGUUCGAAGAAAGUUGAAUUUAGUGAAAUUGAUCAGGAAUGGCUGUAUCAUUUACUUUGUUUUCCUUAUCAGUUAUCAGAUCUUGAACUUAGUUGCAUGGAUAAGCAGGAGAUAUGUCAUGCAGUUGAAAGCCUCAGGUUCGAGCUCAUAUUACCAACUGAUCUUCUCUCUGUCUCAUUUUGAAAUGAUUAUUAUCAAGGUAAGAGUAGCUUCAGUAAGUUUCAGAUAGGUAAUUAAGCAAUUCUGGUUGGUAAGUGUUCUUCAUAUUUCUAAUGAUUGGCAAACUAGAUUCGUCGAUUUUGCUAUGUGGCUGCCUUUCUGACACGGUUUUUUUUCCUUUCUAUUUUGCGAAUUGUUGAUGACCUAAUUGGCAUCCUAUAAACAAAUAAUUUCAAAUGUACAUAUUAUUGUAUCUAGAUGGAGAACUUGAGUAAUCUUACUGUUCAAUGUAUUUUUUUUUCCUUUCUGGGGAGAUGGCUACCUUUUUUAUGCGUAACUCCUGAUUGAAUUGUGUUUGACGAUGCAAGCCUCUCACCACGUGUGUCCGGCGGCAGCAGCCAGUAUUUGUUCAAGCCUGACACCCGUUGGAGCCCUGGACUCAACAUGGAUCGAUCUGGGCAGUACUAUUUUUCAGAUCAGGUUCCUGAGCUUCUCCAAGACUUCCGAUUCCUACAUGCUAGAGUAGGAAAUAUGAUUUCUUUAUUUUGGACUUCUGCGGUGCAUAAUAAUGUUUUGUGGAGACUGUUGUUGUUACCUGUUGUACAAAAUUUGUUCAGCCGCAACAUACUUCUCUCUGAGGUGAUACUCUAAGGCCAGGGCGGAAUUCUAAGAGAAACAGUCAAUGCUGGCUUUAAGAAAACAAAAGAGAUGUUCUUCCGAAUUAA